AUGCUUACAAUACAAUUUGGACAAUGUGGAAAUCAACUAGGACAUACGUUAUUCUCGGAAGUAUCAUCUGAUAUGGAAUGUGUAAAUACAGGUGUAUCACAUAAGGCUAAUUUUCAGUAUUCAGAAGAUACAUUCGAUAAAUGGUUUAGCGGUAUAUCUAAAAGUAAUGAACGUUUAGCAAGGGCAGUUUUAGUAGAUACAGAAGAAAAGGUGAUAAAUAAGAUUUAUAAUGACACAAAUAAUCCAUGGACAUAUUCAACAAAAAAUGUAAUUUGUCAAGCUGGAGGAGGUUGUGCAAACAAUUGGGCACUUGGUUAUUUGAUAAAAGGAUAUGAGUUAAGCGAUGUGAUAUUAAAUUGCAUAAGACAGGAAACAGAAAAAUUAGACCAUUUUGAUGGAUUUCUUUUGUUAUUAAGUUCUGCAGGUGGAACAGGAUCUGGUAUUGGAAGUUAUAUUACAAAACUAUUACGCGAGGAGUAUGAUAAAAAACCAAUUGUUAACACAACGGUAUUACCAUUUUCAUUUGGUGAAGUAUGUACACAAAACUAUAACACAUUGUUAACUUUAGCAAAACUUUACAACGAAAGUGAUAUAAACAUUUUAAUUGAAAAUGAACAAAUAUAUAAUAUAUGCAAUAACUUAUUACAAACAUCAGCUACAAAUUUACAGGAUAUGAAUAAAGUUAUUUCAGAAAAAUUAUUAGCUGUAUUUCAACCGAUAAAUCAUGUGAAAUGUAAUAUAAAUUCAUUAUUGUCUCAGAUAGUAUGUCAUCCAUCAUAUAAAAUAGCAACAAUCAAAACUACUCCACAUAUACCUGCAACGUCUGCAAACUAUGAAUCUACGUAUAAUUGGAAUUCAUACAUACACCAUUUAAAGCAAACACUUAGAAUAUCAAAUUUGAAUUCUCAGUUGACUAACAUUGAACUAAAAAUGCCAUCUAAUUCAUUAGCUAAUACAGCGCAUCAUGUAUAUGCCUGUUCAGUAUCAAAUAUUUUGAUAACACGUGGAAUAAUACAAGAACAAAAUCUAAUAAUGACUGAUAAAUUUGAAGAAAAACAUUUAUAUGCAAACUGGAAUACAAUUGAUUGGUUCUCUCAUUGGCAUCAAAAUCGAAAAUUUUUAAACCAUGAUAAAUUUCUUGCUUUGGUAACAAAUAAUUCUCAGAUCUCUUAUUCUUUAGAUACACUAUUAAAUAAAACUUGGAAGUCUUAUAUUCAUUCUGCAUUUUUGCACCAAUAUAAACAAUUUGGUUUAGAAGAGGAUGAUUUUCUACAAGCAUUUGCAGUACUUGAAAACGUUGUGAAAGAAUAUAAAGAAUUAGUUUCUCACAUGAAAUAA